AACGUCAGCUCAGUUCCUCUAUCUGCUAACGGUACAGCUCUCUCCGCCACUUCUCUUCGCCGGCGCCGGAUUUUCCGUUCAUCCACGGACGGUCACCGCCGGGCGGACAAAUCCAUCUCUUCAGGAUUAAGCUGUUUUCGGUUGGGUUCCUGCUUUCAUGUCAGCUUUAUGCAGCUUAUUUUUGAGUUAAGAGUUACACUUAAUCCCAUAAUUUAACAGUUCCCAUGCAUCAAGAAUUUUUCACUAUGCUCCAUCUCUUUGCCUAGUGAAAAUCUUAUCCACUUCUCUAUUCCCUAGGUUUUCCCCUGACCAAUAUCAUAAUAUAGUAAAAUGUCAUCUGUAUUCUCCAUAUCCUCCAUGGUUCCCUCCUCGAAUAUUAGCCAUUCCAAGCUAUAUAAAUCAAAAUGCAAAAGUUCUCCUGAUCCAAAUUGUGCUUUCACUCAUUGCAAAAUAUCACGUGGAAUCCCUCUUAUUACCAAAAGUAUCCAUCCAAUUUCCAGAAACAAACCACACAGUGCCUUGAAGUUUACUGCAAGAUAUAACUUUGAGUCAUUUGAUGAAGAAAACACAAAAAAUUUUGAUUGGAACGAUGAAAGAGAGAUUGAAGAUACGGGGUCACCAUGGGAAGGGGCAGUUGUUUACAAGAGAAAUCCUUCAAUCUUACAUGUGGAGCACUGCACAACCUUGGAGAGGCUUGGAUUAGGAAAACUUUCAACAGAGAUCUCAAAAUCUAGGGCUUCAGUGAUGGGAUUAGGGGUCACAAAAGCAGUGAAGGAUUACCCUCAGGGAACACCUGUACACAUCUCCAUUGACGUAACAAGGAAGAAGCACAAGUUGAGGCUUGAUGGGCUUUUAAGAACUGUCAUCACCCUUGGUUGCAAUAGGUGUGGUGAGCCAGCUGCUGAAUGCAUUUUCUCCAACUUCUCACUUUUACUAACUGAAGAACCCAUUGAAGAACAAGAGGUAAUUAACAUGGGAGUAAUCUUUGGGGAAGACGACAAACUCAAAACCUCUACUGAAAGUAGCGAAGAAGAUGAUGAAGCUUCAAUCGAUCUGGAUGAUUGGCUGUAUUUUCCUCCUGAAGAAACCGAAAUCGACAUUUCAAAGCACAUUAGGGACAUGGUGCAUUUGGAGAUAACCAUCAAUGCAGUAUGCGACUCAAGGUGCAAAGGUAUAUGUCUCAAAUGUGGUAUAAAUCUCAACACUGCUAGCUGUAAUUGUAGCAAAGAGGAGGUAAAAGAGAAAGGUUAUGGCCCUCUUGGGGUUUUGAGAAAGCAAAUUCAGCAGAAAUGAUGUUAAAGCAAUCAGCAAAACCUAUGUUCUUAUAAAGUACCAAUGUGUUACAGCAACCUGAAAUGAAAUAAAACCCCCUUUAUUAUAUGGAUUUAA